CCGCCGUUCUUCUUCCGGGCCUGCGCUCCUGCCCCUCCCCCGUGGCGCCGCGCUCGCGGGCGCGUUGGUUUGUUCUGUGCUUCGGGGUUCUGUGUCUGCCCGGGCUCAUGGGUGUCCAUUAUCAUGCUCGUCUUUUGUAGAGAAGCCCGACGGCUAUGGAGGCUGAAGAAACGAUGGAAUGCCUUCAGGAGUUUCCUGAACAUCACAAGAUGAUUCUGGACCGAUUGAAUGAGCAGCGGGAGCAGGACCGGUUUACCGACAUCACCCUGAUUGUCGACGGACACCAUUUUAAGGCCCACAAGGCUGUUUUGGCUGCUUGCAGUAAGUUCUUCUACAAAUUUUUUCAGGAGUUUACUCAAGAACCCUUGGUUGAGAUAGAAGGUGUUAGUAAAAUGGCCUUUCGUCAUUUAAUAGAGUUCACAUACACAGCAAAAUUAAUGAUACAAGGAGAAGAAGAAGCCAAUGAUGUGUGGAAAGCAGCAGAGUUCCUACAAAUGCUAGAAGCUAUCAAAGCCCUUGAAGUCAGAAAUAAAGAAAACUCAGCUCCAUUGGAGGAAAAUACCACCGGAAAAAAUGAGGCAAAAAAAAGAAAGAUUGCGGAAACAUCUAAUGUUAUUACUGAGUCGUUGCCAUCUGCAGAAUCAGAGCCUGUUGAGAUUGAGGUAGAGAUUGCCGAAGGCACCAUUGAGGUGGAAGAUGAAGGCAUCGAGACGUUAGAUGAGGUGGCUUCUGCUGAGCAGUCCAUAAAGUACAGACAGAGCACAGGUUCCUCUGACGACUCUGCUCUAGCGCUGUUGGCAGAUAUUACCAGCAAGUACCGUCAAGGUGAUAGGAAAGGGCAGAUUAAAGAAGAUGGCUGUGCAUCUGACCCCAUAAGCAAACAGGUAGAAGGUAUUGAAAUUGUGGAACUUCAGCUGUCACAUGUGAAGGACUUGUUCCAUUGUGAGAAAUGUAACCGUUCAUUUAAAUUGUUUUACCAUUUUAAGGAACACAUGAAAUCACACUCCACUGAGAGUUUCAAGUGUGAAAUAUGCAAUAAAAGGUAUCUUCGUGAGAGUGCAUGGAAACAACACCUAAAUUGUUACCACCUUGAAGAAGGUGGAGUCAGUAAGAAGCAAAGAACUGGGAAAAAAAUUCACAUAUGUCAGUACUGUGAGAAACAGUUUGAUCAUUUUGGACAUUUUAAAGAGCAUCUUCGAAAACAUACAGGUGAAAAACCUUUUGAAUGUUCAAACUGUCAUGAACGAUUUGCUAGAAAUAGCACUCUCAAAUGUCACCUCACUGCAUGCCAGACUGGAGUGGGUGCAAAAAAGGGAAGGAAGAAGCUUUAUGAGUGUCAGGUCUGUAACAGUGUGUUUAACAGCUGGGACCAGUUCAAAGAUCACUUGGUAAUACACACUGGAGAUAAACCCAACCAUUGUACUCUUUGUGACUUGUGGUUUAUGCAAGGAAAUGAACUAAGGAGGCAUCUUAGUGACGCUCACAAUAUUUCAGAGCGUCUGGUGACUGAAGAAGUCCUUUCGGUAGAAACGCGUGUGCAGACAGAGCCAGUGACGUCGAUGACUAUCAUAGAACAGGUUGGGAAGGUGCACGUGUUACCAUUGCUACAGGUCCAGGUGGACUCAGCACAAGUGACUGUAGAACAAGUUCAUCCAGAUCUGCUCCAGGACAGCCAAGUACGCCACUCACAUACGAAUGAGCUUCCAGAGCAGGUCCAAGUGAGUUAUCUCGAAGUGGGUCGAAUUCAGACUGAAGAAGGCACUGAAGUACGUGUGGAGGAGCUGCAUGUUGAACGGGUAAAUCAGAUGCCUGUUGAAGUACAAACUGAGCUUCUAGAAGCAGACCUGGAUCACAUGACCCCUGAAAUCAUGGCCCAAGAGGAGAGAGAGCCUAGCCAGACAGAUGCUGCUGAGGCUGCCACAGAUGAUCAAGAAGGUGCUGAGAGAUUGGAGACCAAACAAAGAAUAUAUUCCCAAGCUGAGAAAGCAGAGAAAGACAGAACAGCUAUGCCAGUUUUAGAAUGAAGUAGCAGGAAUAUAUUUUUAAAUUUACAUUUUGCUGUGUGACUUGUCCUUGAGCUAACAGAUAAGUGGACCAAAGUUGAACUAUUUCUUGUUGUGCUAAACUGUUUUUACUGAAACUGAUGCCCCUCUUUCCAUUUAAUGCCACAGAAUGGGGCUAUUUCUCGUAACAAAUGGAAGCUUCAAGAAGUAUAUUUCUGGUAACUUAAAUGGAUUAUAUUCUUACUAUAUAGUUGGGUACGAAUGUAUCUAUUUUCAUUGUGAGUAAGGGUCUCCCUUUUCUCUUCCCCAGGUCCUGUCUGUCCUCAGAUUCUUUCCAUAUUAUAAAAUCAAACAUUAAAAUCAUUAGAAUACAAGCUUAUGUAUUCUAAUGCAUGUUAGACAAUUGAAUAUGAAACAAGGCUGCAUGAAGAAAAGUGCAUUGUUACUGUGCAGUUAAAUUUUGGGUCUGGCUUUCUUUUGAACAACAUUCGUGUCUACCCAUUCCUCACAGAUACUGUCUGCAACAAACAGGGUGGUGGUGGCAAAAUUUCCAGAAUGUUUUAAAAGAAAAAAAAAAACACCCAUGUGCCUUUUCAAAGCCAAUUAAGCUUCUAUAAAACAUCUCUGGUUCUUUCAAAGUUU